UUGUUGGGGAUUUUUUUAUUUUUUUUUCUUUUCUUUUCUUCUUUCUGGAAUUUCAUGAUUACAGCCUGUUACAGUGUGGUGAGACUUUCUUCAUAUUUCAGCGGAGGAGUUUUUUUUUCGUUCUUCUAUGCCCAUUUACUCAUUCAGACUGUACUGGCUUCAAAAUUGAAUGUUUAGGGCCUUUUGGGUUUUACAGUAAAAUUUUGAAUCUUCAUUCUGCUAAUAUCAAUGUACGAUUUUUGAGUGUGCUCAAUCCGGGAUUUUCUCAUCACUUUUAUGAAUAAAAAAUAUCGAAUUUGGUUUGGCUCUUGUUAACUUGGCUUCCAUUUGGUUAAACUGAAAGCUGGAAGUCUCUUUGCUGUUUCUUGAUGUAUGCAGAAUUUGGGGUUUUAGAAAGGACUUGGUCUGUGGAUGAUUGGUUCUUUGGAUAGGAAUUUUUUUUAUAUUAAUCUGUGAAUGGAUGUAGUUUAUUGAUUCAUUGAUUUGUAAAGAUUGGAAACUUUAGGAAUUUUAGUGGGUGAAAUUUUGCUAUAGAAUGAUUUGUAGCUGAAAUACAGAAUUUCUUGAUUAGGGAAUUGUUAGGACUUGGGUAGAUGGCUUCUGCAUCACCAUCUCCAAAUUCUCCGUCUCGCCCAUCCAAUUCUUCAGCUCCUCCUCCGCCAAUUCCUCCAGCCCCACUUCAAUCACCCUCACCUGAUGCAUCACCACCGCCGCUGCCUACUUCUCCACCCCCAUUGCCUCCCCCAUCUCCCCCAGUAAAUUCACCACCACCAACUCCUGCUGCUACCCCUCCUCCAGCAGCCAAUUCUCCACCACCUCCAAUUUUGUCUCCUCCCCCACCAUCGAAAGCUUCCCCUCCGAAAACAUCACCACCACCUCCUCCUGCUAUUCCACCCUCUCCUUCCCCACCAUCAGAAGCUUCCCCUCCCAAAGCAUCACCACCUCGUCCUCCAGCUAUUCCAUCCUCACCUCCCCCACCAGAAAGAGUUGCAUCACCACCUACAGCUAUUCCACCUCCCCCAUCAGUUGUAAAUCCACCAGAAAGUUCUCCUCCACCUCCUGCAUUGUCACCCCCUCCUGCUGGUUCCCCACCUUUAACUAGUGCUCCUCCACCGGCUUUCGUUUCAUCUCCUCCUCCUGUCCCAUCAUCAUAUUUGCCACCUUCUAUAUCUCCUCCUGCUCCUCGAAGGAAUGGAUCUUCUCCUGCAGAGAAACCCACUGCAAGAUCAAUUCCACCUAAUCCUAAUAUAACUUCAGGUGUACAAUCAAAUAAUUCAGGGGGUUUUAGAGGAGGAGGUGUAGCAGCUAUUGGCAUUGUUGUGGGGUUUUUGGCGCUCAGUCUUGUAGUGCUGGCAGUGUGGUAUACACAUAAAAGAAAGAAAAGGAAGGACGCAUUUAAUCAGGGAGCCUUGCCCUCUCCUUUUGCAUCCUCGCAAAAUUCAGCUUCAUCAUUCCUAAGGACACAGAAUUCAGCUCAACUAGCUGGAAGUGCUUCUGCAAGCAAUUUCAUUUACUCACCAGAGCAUGGUGGCAUAGGCAAUUCAAGGUCAUGGUUCACGUAUGAAGAACUAUCCAAGGCAACAAAUGGGUUUUCAGCCAUUCUGGGUGCAGGUGGCUUUGGUUGUGUUUAUAAAGGAGUUCUAUCAGAUGGACGAGAAAUUGCUGUUAAACAGCUAAAGGCUGGUAGUGGACAAGGGGAGCGUGAAUUUAGAGCUGAAGUUGAGAUCAUCAGCAGGAUUCACCAUCGGCAUUUGGUUUCACUUGUGGGUUACUGUAUAUCCGAGCAUCAAAGGUUGCUUGUCUAUGAUUAUGUGCCAAACAACACCCUUGAUUACCAUCUUCAUGGUGAAGGAAGGCCGGUGAUGGAUUGGGCAACCAGAGUAAAAGUUGCGGCUGGUGCAGCUCGUGGAAUAGCUUAUCUUCAUGAAGCCUGUCAUCCCCGUAUUAUCCAUAGGGAUAUUAAGUCGUCAAACAUUCUGUUGGAUAAUAACUUCGAAGCACAGGUUGCAGAUUUCGGGCUUGCAAAGAUAGCACAGGAAUUGGAUUUACAUACUCAUGUAUCAACUCGUGUCAUGGGAACUUUUGGAUACUUGGCUCCAGAGUACGCAUCAACUGGUAAACUGACUGAAAAGUCUGACAUUUUUUCAUUUGGUGUUGUGCUUUUGGAGAUCAUUACUGGUCGUAAGCCUGUUGACACAUCCCAACCACUUGGGGAUGAAAGUCUGGUGGAAUGGGCUCGACCAUUGCUCACCCAAGCAAUUGAGACCGAAGAUUUUGAAGAGAUAGUAGAUCCUAGGCUGGAAAAGAACUUUGUUGCCAGUGAAAUGUUCCGCAUGAUUGAAGCUGCAGCUGCUUGUGUUCGUCAUUUAGCUUCAAAAAGGCCACGGAUGAGUCAGGUAGUCAUUAGCAAAUGUCGGGUUAUAUUUUAUUUCAAUUUAGCUACUGCUUUCUACCUUCAUCUUUAGAAAGUAACAGAACUG